GCGUAAUGAAUGAUUGAUGUGCCAUUAUUAUCAUGCAUGCACUAUACACUAUUAAUAGAUGCAAGAGAUGCCACUAGUAUCCACCACAUCCAAAUCAAAUACUCUUACUCAAUUAAGCCAUGGCCAAGCUUCUUCAAACCCUAAUUCCUCUCUUCUCCUCCAUCGUCCUCCUCCUCGCCACGGCUGCCAAAAUGGGGCGGUCCCAAUCGACGUCCUUCACCUACGACUUCUGGGGCGACCAACCGACCGAGCUCCUCUACCAAGGCGACGCCAAUUUCCCGUCAGACUCCACCUUCCUCCGCCUGACCAAGACCACCGCCUCCGGCAGCGCGGUCGGGUUUAGCAUCGGCCGGCUCGUGUACCCGACACCGGUCACGUUCUGGGAAGCCGGGGCGCAGGUCGACUUUGUGAGCACCCUUAACUUCCUCAUAAGCCCCAACGCCGGCGACACGAACCCGGCCGACGGCCUCACCUUCUUCAUAGCUCCGGUCGGCUUACCCCUCGGCUUCACCGGCGGCUGCUUCGGAAUCUUCAACUCCUCGGGCAUCGGCCCCUCCGUCUUCGCCGUGGAAUUCGACAUCUUCUCCAACGCUGGAGUGGAUCCCAGCUAUCGUCAUAUUGGGAUUGACAUCGAAACUAGGGUUUCCAAAAAUGUGACCGACGUCGGCGACGCGUUGCUCGGGCAGCGGGUGACUGCCAUCAUCAGCUACAAGGAAGCCACGAAGCUGAUCAGUGUGUGCGUCGCCGCCGGCUCACAAAAAUACGAGGUGAGCUAUGUGUACGACCUGAGCGCCAUUCUUCCUCAGCAGGUUCAGGUCGGGAUCUCCGCGGGCACCGGAGGAGCAGUCGCCGUGCACGACCUCGUCUCGUGGUCUUUCACUUCCACCCCCGUGCAUGGCGGCGCCACCGCUGGCCAAGAGGAGGAAGGGUACAUCCGGCAAUAUGUGUGAUUUAAAUUAAUUAUCAUGUGUGUGUGUGCGCAAAUGUUUGGGUCGUAAAUAAGGACUAGCGAUGGAUUUCUCUCUCGUUUAAGUUAUAAAAAUAAGACGAAAAUAAUGGGUGUCUGUCAA